AUGACGGCUCAAACAGUGCCUGAGCACGUCGCUCAAACACGACCCGAGCCGGAACACGAUGUCGAGAAAAUCGCGCCAAGGGAGGAUGUCCACGAUCCCUCAGACGAGAAGCCGGAUUCCGACGAUGAGGGCAAGCAGGCAGGUGUCAAGAAGAUCGAAGCUAUCGCAUCUGUGAUCUACCUCGUCACUUUUGUCGACAUGUUACUACAGGCUGUCCAGUCCGAGCUGGUGCCUUACGUGACGUCCGCCUUCAACAGCCACGGCCUUCUCUCCACCACCAGCGUCGACUCCACCAUCGUGGGCGGCGUUUCCAAGCUCACCAUCGCCAAGGUCAUCGAUAUUUGGGGCCGAGCCCAGGGUUUCGCUAUCAUGCUGUUGUUAAUCAUCCUCGGGAUGAUAAUGAAGGCGACGUGUCAGAACGUGGAGACAUACGACGCGGCCCAGACUGUGUUUUGGGUCGGCCACCUCGGUCUAUUAUAUACGCUCGACAUUAUAAUUGCAGACAUGACAUCGCUCAAGAACCGGAUGAUCAUGAUAGGUAUCAACACUACCCCUACGAUCGCUACGACUUUUGCUGGACCGAAGAUUGCCGAGCUGUUCUACACCAACGUCAACUUCCGAUGGGCUUUUGGAUCCUUCGCCAUCAUCCUGGCCGGAGUUUCAAACCCGAUGUUUGUAAUUUUCGUCCUCGAGGAGAGGAAGGCCAUGAAAGUGGGCAUACUCGUCAAGAAGGACAGCGGGGAUGAUAUUUUGGCAGUCCUGCUAGUUCUACUUCUGGGAAUUUGA